AUGGGGAGUGAGGGGGAUGCGCCGCCGGCGAAAUUCGAUUGGAGGGAGACGGUGGAGGAGAGGUGGAGGAAGACCAGGGAGCACGCGGAGACUUACCCCUACGUCUGGGGGUCCUACAUCCUCGUCUACGGCGGGCUGGGCGUGUACAUAGCUUGGCGCUGGAGGAAGCUCCGGCAAACGGAGGAUCGGGUGCGAGUCUUGCAGGAGCAGCUCCGGAAGCUCGUCGAGGCCGAGGCCUCCGCCGCCAACGCCUCUGGUUCGUCCUCCACUGCGUCCAAGCCAUUCGCCGCCGCUUCGUCUUCUUUCCCGCCGGCGGCCCGUUCGCCGCCAACGCCUGAUAAGCCGAUUUCCCGGUGA